UUCUGCGGAUGCCGAAGGAACGAGACGCCUGUUCGGCGUUGUUACCACCCUCCGAUUCCCUUUGCCUCCUCCCACUUUGAACUUGUUACCCUGGAGCUGAACUGUUUGAACAGGGGCUGUAAAGCUGCUUUGUGAUCAGAGAGCUCAGAGCCCUCAACAUGUGAAAGCGGGGCGGGAUUUCGCUGCAGACUCCGCCGGUCCCUCCUCUCUCCUCCCGGUUUUGUCCCGGGUAUGAAGGUUGGACGCUCCGCGCACAGGAGCCGGGACAGCCCGUCUGCACUGCCCGGCCCGGGGAGACAAAGGGUAUCCACAUGCAAGAAACACUGGGAAAAUCCACGGAAUGUUUGUAACUCCUGUGCUCCUGGGAAGGGCCCUCAAGACUGUCAAGACUGAGCUCCGUGGUUCUUUCUCCACACUGAUACUGCAAAUCCUGUUGUUCAAUGAGUGGAAUAUGUGGCAAAAGAAUUAAACCAGGACAGUCUCCUGAAUGUGGAAUUGCAGGGAAGGCACUCACUGGCACUUCCAAAGCAAGCAAGGCAGCAACAUCCUGAAAUUGUUGCUUUUUCUCGGAUAUUUUCAUUGCUUGACUGAAACUUUCUGCAGAUAUCUGCACUGAAGAGCUUUGUUUGACUUGGAGCAAGCUGUUGCUAGGCUGCUCUGAAAGCUUGAGAUGGCUCUGACUUCUCCAAAAUCUCUAGCAGGGGAUUUGACACAAAGAGAAGAAUCCAUUCUCCAUGAGGGAAACUGCUGCCAUUUCCUCUCUGCAAACAUCCUCUCAGUAGUGGAAAGAUGUAUGAGCUCCAUGCAGGCGGGCACCCAGAUGAUCAAACUCCGAGGGGGCUCCAAGGGGCUGGUCCGCUUCUACUACUUGGAUGACCACAGGUCCUGCAUUCGCUGGAGACCCUCCCGGAAGAAUGAGAAAGCCAAAAUUUCCAUCGACUCCAUCCAGGAGGUGUGUGAGGGGAAGCAGUCGGAGAUCUUCCAGCGCUACGCCGACGGCAGCUUCGACCCCAACUGCUGCUUCAGCAUCUACUACGGGGACCACAUGGAGUCCCUGGACCUGGUGUCCUCCAGUGCUGAGGAGGCACGGACCUGGAUCACGGGGCUGAAGUACCUGAUGGCAGGCAUCAGUGACGAGGACAGCCUCUCCAAACGCCAAAGGACCAGAGACCAGUGGUUGAAGCAGACAUUUGAUGAGGCAGAUAAAAACGGGGAUGGCAGUCUGAGUAUUAGUGAAGUGCUCCAGCUCAUGCACAAACUGAAUGUGAACCUACCCCGACAGAAAGUCAAGCAAAUGUUUAAGGAGGCUGACACAGAUGACAACCAGGGCACGCUGGACUUUGAGGAGUUCUGUGCCUUCUACAAGAUGAUGUCGACGCGGCGCGAUCUGUACCUGCUGAUGCUCACCUACAGCAACCACAAGGACUACCUGGACACAGAUGACCUGAAACGCUUCUUGGAGACUGAGCAGAAGAUGACAAAUGUGACUAAAGAACAUUGCCUGGAAAUCAUCAGCAAGUUUGAGCCAUGCCCAGAGAACAAGAAGGAGGGAGCCCUGGGAAUUGAUGGUUUCACCAAUUACAUGCGGAGUCCAUCGGGGGACAUCUUCAACCCAGAACAUUACCAAGUGAACCAGGACAUGAGCUACCCCCUGAGUCACUAUUUCAUUACCUCUUCACACAACACCUACCUCAUGGGAGAUCAGCUGAUGUCCCAGUCCAGGGUGGACAUGUAUGCAUGGGUGCUACAGUCUGGCUGUCGCUGUGUGGAAGUUGACUGCUGGGACGGGCCGGAUGGGGAACCGAUUGUCCACCAUGGAUACACCUUGACUUCCAAAAUCCUCUUCAAAGAUGUGAUUGAAACUAUCAACAAAUAUGCCUUUAUCAAGAAUGAGUACCCUGUGAUCCUGUCCAUUGAGAACCACUGCAGCAUCGUGCAGCAGAAGAAGAUGGCUCAGUACCUUACAGAAAUCCUGGGAGACAAACUGGAUCUGUCUUCUGUGCACAGCGAUGACUCCACAAAGCUCCCUUCACCAGCAAGUCUUAAAGGGAAGAUCCUGGUUAAGGGCAAGAAACUUCCAGCCAACAUCAGCGAUGAUGCAGAGGAAGGAGAAGUUUCUGAUGAGGACAGUGCUGAUGAGAUUGAUGAUGACUGUAAGCUAAUGAAUGGAGAUGCAUCUGCUAACAGGAAAAGAGUGGAGAAUAUAGCAAAGAAAAAACUCGACUCACUGAUAAAAGAAUCCAAAAUCCGUGACUGUGAAGAUCCAAACAAUUUUACAGUUUCCACUCUACCAUCCUCAGGAAAGGCUGGGCUGAAGUCUGAUAGCAAGAAGAGCAAACUUGAGGAUGAUGCAGAGUCUGGGGAAGAUUUCAGUGCCAGCAAAAGGCAGAGCAGGUCACUGAUGGGCAGCUUCUCCAAACGCAAGAAAAAAGGAAGCAAAUUGAAAAAGGCAUCAAGUCUGGAAGAGGGUGAAGAUGAUUCGGACUCUCAAGGGAAUUUAGCCAGGAGCUCUGUACAUUACAGCAGGGUAAGCCGACAGAAGAAGACAAUGAAGCUGUCCAGGGCCCUGUCUGACCUGGUGAAAUACACAAAGUCUGUUGGCAUCCAUGAUGUUGAAACUGAAAUCUCUUCCAGCUGGCAGGUUUCAUCUUUCAGUGAAACCAAAGCCCACCAGAUCCUGCAGCAGAAGCCAGCACAGUACCUGCGUUUCAACCAGCACCAGCUGUCCCGCAUCUACCCCUCCUCCUACAGGGUGGACUCCAGCAACUACAACCCCCAGCCCUUCUGGAAUGCUGGCUGCCAACUUGUUGCACUAAACUACCAGUCAGAGGGGAGAAUGCUGCAACUGAACCGGGCCAAAUUCAGUGCCAAUGGGAACUGUGGCUAUGUGCUCAAACCAAACUGCAUGUGUCAAGGUGUCUUUAACCCAAAUUCUGAAGACCCACUGCCUGGUCAACUGAAGAAACAGCUGGUUCUAAGAAUUAUCAGUGGUCAACAACUCCCCAAACCACGUGAUUCCAUGCUGGGAGACAGAGGAGAGAUCAUAGAUCCUUUUGUUGAAGUAGAAGUUAUAGGCUUACCUGUUGAUUGCUUCAAAGAACAAACCAGAGUAGUUGAUGAUAAUGGUUUUAACCCCAUGUGGGAGGAGACCUUGGUGUUCACAGUGCACAUGCCAGAGAUCGCCCUGAUCCGGUUCCUGGUGUGGGACCACGACCCCAUCGGGAGGGAUUUCAUCGGGCAGAGGACAAUAGCCUUCAGCAGCAUGAUGCCAGGUUACAGACACGUGUACCUGGAGGGCAUAGAAGAGGCUUCCAUCUUCGUGCAUGUGGCUAUAAAUGACAUCUGUGGUAAGGCCAAACAAGCUCUAGGUCUAAAAGGGCUGUUUCUCAGAAAUCCAAAGCAGGCCUCUCUGGACAGUCAUGCUGCUGGGCAGCUCCAUCGCAAACAUUCCUUUAGCAGCCACAUCCUGAGACGGACGGCCAGUGCACCCACCAAGAGCCAGAAGAAGAACAAGAAGGGCUUUCCAGAAAUUGCUUUUGACACAAAGGACAGCAGCUCUGCAGGGGCUGGAGAAGGGAGGGAAGUGGAAGCUGCCUCCCAGCCUCGCUUUGUGCAAGAGCCAGAAAGCGCUUCCCCGUCCCCAGCUCCCCGAGACGGUGCCGCUGGGGAGGCACCUGGCAGGGGCUUGAAAGGUAAGGCCCAGGGCUGUCCCCAGGGGCCAGGGCAGAGCUGUGCCCACCCCGGGGCUCCCUUCAGCGAGCCCUUGCCCAGGGCACACAGGGUGAGGCUGCAGGAGCCCCAGGGCGAGAAGCCGAGCGUCUUCGCCCGCUGUGCCAUCAACAGCUCGGGCAGGAUCGGAGUGGCCACCAACUGCAUGAAAUGCAUGGUUGGCUCCAAAGAGAGCCCUGACCCUGAGGGGCCCUGGAGCGACCACCCCGGCAGGUCCAUUGUGGCCAGAGAGCCCCUGCAGGCUGGGCAGGGCAGCAGUGCAGAGGAGAGGGUAGAGCUGCACACCUGGGUGGUCAGAGGGCAGCCCAGGCCACUCUCAGAUUUGCAGCCUUGCAGCAGCCCUGGAACUGCAGGGGACCUGAGGAGGAGCAGCCAGGCUUUGGUGAGCCCAGGGAAGACGAGUGGUGACUCUAAGUGCCACGGGCUAAAGGCUCCUCCCCGGCAGCGCUGGCAGUGCCACUCAGGUGCCAAGUAUGGAAGCACUGUCAACUUGGUUGCAGCCAGCAAUGGCUCUGUGUCCUCCAACUCCAGCAGUCUAGAAAGCCUUGGAAGCCCAGAAUUCCCCAAGCACUGGUCUGAACCUUCUCGAAGGCAAGUGGGCACCCUCCAGAGGGAAAUGAACGCCUUGUUCGUUCAAAAAUUGGAGGAAAUUCGAAGUAAAUCCCCUAUAUUCUUUACUGAUGUCUGCCACUUCUCCAUGCAGAGGUCAGUCACUUCUUUAUGCAGCCUAGAAACGAUCACAGAAGAGCCUGUCCUUGCCACUGAGAGCCAUGAGUGCAGCCUUCUCUUCCCCCUGCCCGUUACCCCUUACAGUGACUCUGAGGAAGGAUCUGGCUCUGACCAUUCCACCGAAGCUCCAUCAGAGGGAAGCAGCACACCCAACCAGCCUCAAGAGCCCCGAUCCUCCAGAAAACAAGGAACAAUUCUGGCUGCAGAAGACCGAGGCCGGGAUGUCCCAAGAGCAGCUGACACGGGUUUGGUAGCCCCAGAGGAUGAGAGGACAAGAGUGGCAGGAUGUCCCACAGAAGGAAAUGGCUGGACACAGUGCAGUGAGGCUGAGGAGCAGGGUGGAUCAGCAGCACAUCCCCAAAAGGCCAGGCUGGUAGAGGCAGCAGAUCACAGUGCUGGCCAACCUGUAGGAAACUGCCAGAAGCAAAACCAACCAGGUCAGGUAUUAGCAGACACGAAAAGCACCUCUGUAUGCAAAGGGCAAAACCUGGGUGCAGCAGCUGUUCCACCCCAGCAAAGCAGUGUCAGUAACAGCCCCCAGGCAGAUUGUCCCCAGAAAGCCUGGGCUGCACAGGCUCUCCCUGUCUCUGUUUCCCAGACGAGCUCUUACACGUUGGCAAGAAGGGCAAAGAGUGAAGGACUGAAGAUGUCAGACUCCUCAUCCUUAAUAAGAAUCCCGAGCAGCCAGUCUCCAGCAGCUGAAGUGUACUUUGAUGCCACUGUCAAUGACCGGAUCUGGAGCAAGCUGGACUGUGCCAGCCACCGUGACAGCAUGUCCUCCUCGUCCAGCAUGUCCUCCAACGACACCGUCAUCGACCUCUCCCUCCCCAGCCUGGCCCGCAAAAGCCUCCCAGACCUGGGCAUCCGCCAGGACAGCCUGGAGCCCCUGGCCAUCAGGAAGGGCAUGCGCCCGCGCUCCGCCACCACCUGCAGCAACGAGCUGCCAAUGGUCAGCAAGAGCAAGUCCAACCCCAACCUGAGGUCUGGCCAGCUGCCGGCUGACGAGCUGUGCCCCCGGCCCCUGGCCAGGAGCCCUCGGGACGCCUUCUCGUCCAUUCCUAGAAGGCACACCUGGAGCAGGCUCUACAUGGAGAGUCUCAGGCAGUCCUCUAACAAAUCCAAAGCGCAUGACACGGUCGGGAAUAACCAGGCAAAGUCCAAAAGCCUCGGGGACCUUACCUCUGACGACAUCGUGUGCACUUUUGAAAGCAAAUACCGCAGCAUCAGCAGGAGCUUCGUCACCCGCUCCAUGCGGGAGCAGCGCCGCUCCUCGAGCCUGCGGCCCUCGGCCAAAUCCCGGGACGAACUGACGGAGCAGCUGAAGAAGCUGACGGCCUUCCAGCAGGAAAACGACAUCACGUCCCCCAUCAGGCUGGAGCCCAGCGAGUCGGAGGAGGAGGGCGAGAGCGUGGGGCUGCUGCGCCGCUCGUCCUCGCGCAGCCAGAGCCGCGUGCGCUACAUCGCCAACAGGGCGCGGCAGGCCCAGGAGAGGCAGCGCCUGCAGGGCCGGGCACAGCUCGGGGGCAGCCCCAUCGAGGAGAGGGGCAACCCCGAGGGUGCCUGCAGCGUGGGCAGGGCCGGCUGCACCGACCCCGCUGCCCACACGGCCCUGGCGGCCUCGCCCAAAGCGCAGCCCGAGUGCGCGGCCGACACCGAGGUGUUCUUCAUGCUCAAACUGUGACCCUGGCGGCGCUGGGCGCUGCUGGCACUCCUGUCACAGCAAAACCCGAGAGGCCCAAAAUGUCCUGUAUUCCUGGCCUUCCCCUGAGCCAAGGGUGCUUGGUACCACGACUCCAAAGGAACUGACGAGGAUUCAUUUUUAAUUGCGCUUUGCCCAGCCUCCCAUCAGGCCUCCUUUGUGUGUGGCCACUUCUCGCGUUUGCGGUUUGCUCUUGGUCUUUGCUAAUUUCAAUGAUUCUUCUGACAACGGUAACCUUGAUGUGUAAUGGCUACAUGUGAUGCUAACGACAGCUAAGGUGAAUUUUUCUUUUACAAAUCACGGAUCCAUGUAAGGACGCUGGACUUAAAAUCACAUUUAUUUUCUGGAAGAGUUUGAGGCCUCUGAGGGUGUGAAUUAAUAAUGUAGUAGAUACAGUCCAUCUUCCAUCGUGGACCUGCUUAUUUCAGUGAAAAUCCAUAUUUUCUCUUUGAAGAAAAGCUCUCUUGUUCCAAAGCAAUGCUUUUAUAAACUCAGCCUGUUUAUAUAUCUAUAUAUAUAUAUAUAUAAAUAUCUAUAUAUAUACACCUGUGUGUAUGCAAAGAUAUAUCUGCACAUGUUUGUACACAUGCACACCCUGAACCUGAACUGUGACUGCUCCUUGUCUCAAGGCAUUGUCUGAGGGAAUUGAGACAGGAGAGAGAAGGGAAUGGCUAAAAAUAGAAAUAUCUUCUGACUUUACUUCAGAAAUGGCUACGAAGCAUGUUAGUCUUUUCUUGAAACAGCACUGUCCCUUCUUACGGUAUUUUAACAAUGCUGCUGUACAUAGCACUUUUUGGAUGAAUUUUACUAUUUCUGUAUUGCACUGCCAUGCAAAAUUUUCAAUGAUAUGUUUAAAAAAAAAAAAGAGAUAUUUAAUUUUUUUAGAUGGACAUAUUUAGAAUUAAAUAACAACUUAACAGAGUAAUAAUUUUUCCUCCCCCCUUUUUUUUACUUUUUAUUUUUAGGGAUGUUGUCAUGUGUCCCCCCAGUCCCCAGUUAUGAUGUCAUUUAUUAUAGAUGUACAUUUUAUCAGUGAUGGAGAAGAAUGUUUACUGAGAUGCAUUUUAAAGAGAAACAGAGGUUUAAUUUUAUUUCAGGCUGCAUAGAGUCCCUAUUAUUGAGAGGAUAUUUUGCCUUUGUAAUGAUUCUUUUGUGUAUAUUGCAAAAUUUAAGAAUUUGUUUGUAAAACCACCUUACACUACUAAAAUAAACAUAUUUAACCUCCCA